GGAUGCAUUUGUUUCUGUAGAGAUCGAAUGUUAAUACCUUUGCACCUCAUUUCCCACUCUGAUUUAGGAUUGAAUUAUCUGUGAACAUGAUAGAAUAUUGUUGUUCAAAUUCUCGUUUGUUCUCUUCCGUUCAUCGAUGGCCCCAUUUAUCCUCACGUAGCGGUAAGCUGGUCAACCUGAUGCUGCAUUGGUCCGCUCUCGAAGGGUUCAUUCGAAGCAAUUCACACCCAAAGUCCUCAUGGAAGUCCACGAGGGAGCUCCGAUUCUAUAUACCUCGCAAGCGAGCAUGUUACGGGGGGUGGGGAAAGAGAUGAGUCAAGCGUCGUGCUUCAAGGCUUCGACCAUGGAGGCGGUGGUGGAGGAGCACAAGAGGGAGAAGGUAGUGAAGCUAUUUGGCGUCAGGAUUCUGGGGACGGCCGAAGGGGAGGAGGAGGAGGUGAUGAGGAAAUGCUGGAGCAUGGGUUGCUUGGCCUCCUGCACGGUCGCAUCUCCCUGUGCCGCCCCCGGCACCGGCGGCAGCAACCAGGCCUACGUCUCCGACAGCGGCCUGGACCAGUCUUUAAAGAGAGGGAGCAGGAGAGGCCAGGAAAGGAAGCGAGGAAUUCCCUGGACGGAGGAAGAGCACAGAACGUUUCUAGCUGGGUUGGAAAAGCUUGGGAAGGGGGACUGGAGAGGAAUCUCCAGGGAGUUUGUGACCAGUAGAACUCCAACCCAAGUAGCCAGCCACGCUCAGAAGUAUUUCCUUAGGAAGAACAAUCCCGGCAAAAGGAAGCGCAGGUCCAGCCUCUUCGAUGUGGUCACCUCUGAUCGAGUGGGGAUCUCGGACAGCAGCACUGUGGGAGAUGAUCCAGAUCUCCUUGGAGUAUCUUCGUCAUACUCAAGCUGCCAACCUCUCUCUUCUGAUGCUCCUCUGUCAGAUGAACCCAGUGAUUUGGAGCUGAGGAUUGCACUUCCUGCGCCACACAGUCUGACUAAAUUAGCUACUCAGGGAGCAGCAGGUGCAAUAAGGGUGAUCUGAUCACUUCUGUAACAUCUGUUCAUCUUUGUAAGUGACAUAUUCUGUAUAAUAAUAAAUGAAACGCUCAGAAGGUA